AUGUCAUCGGGACGGUACAUGGCCUACUCGCCCUCCCCGUCCACCACGCCGCACUCCCCGCGCAUCUCCGGCCUCCGCGCCUCCUCCGCCGCCGUCGCCGACCAGGAGAAGUACCUUGCGGAGCUGCUCGCGGAGCGCCACAAGCUCAACCCGUUCGUCCCAGUGCUCCCCCAUAGCAUACGGCUGCUGAAUCAAGAAAUUUUACGUGUUUCCACACUAUUGGAGAACGCCUCCCUUUUAAACCAAAGUGGCUUUGAACAUGGUAGUCCACUAACAUCGGGAGGAUUAUAUUCAAAUGGAGCAGCAACUGAUAUGAAUGGAUGGACAUCAGCAUUUCAAUCAGAAAGUUCAUCAGCUUAUAGUUGGCUUGGAGGUUCUCAAGGCAGCUCAUCUGGACUAAUUGUCAAGAAAACAAUGAGGGUUGAUAUUCCAGUAGACAAAUAUCCAACAUACAACUUCGUUGGUCGCAUCCUUGGUCCCAGAGGAAAUUCCUUGAAGCGAGUGGAGGCAACUACUGACUGCCGUGUGCUUAUAAGAGGCCGGGGUAGCAUUAAAGAUCCAGCUCGGGAGGAAAUGAUGCGUGGAAAGCCAGGAUACGAACAUCUGAAUGAACCCCUACAUAUAUUGGUUGAGGCAGAGCUGCCUGUUGAAAUUAUUGAUGCUCGUCUGAUGCAAGCCCGCGAGAUCCUUGAGGAUCUGUUAAGGCCAAUGCAGGACGAGUCUCAGGACUUCUUCAAGAAGCAGCAGCUCCGGGAGCUUGCAAUGCUCAACGGCACCCUCCGUGAGGAAGGGAUGCAAAGAUCUGGUUCCGCAUCCCCUUUCCACAACAGCCUUGGAAUGAAGAGGGCCAAGACAAGGGGGUAA